CGUGGGACUACAUUGUUGUAAGGAACUGUAGAGCAGUAAAUGGUAAAUUGCAGCAGACGUUCAGCUGGGUUUCUGAAAGAGACGCUCAAUUGAUAUCCGGUCUUGGAUGAUAGCUUUUUAUGGCUAUGAUGGAGAUUUGUGUUUGGAAAGGAUUUAUUUUAGCCCUUCUCUUCUUUGCUGCUGAUGGGGAAAGACGGCGGCCAUUCACUCUUGAUAGACCAAGAUCAGAGCCAUUUGCUGUUGACGGACAGAGAUCAGGGCCAUGGUUCUUGGUGUCUUUUCCUGCAGUGAUUGAGAGUGGCUCUGACACCAAAUUGUGUGCAAGCCUUUUAAAACCCAAUGAGAGUCUCACAAUGACCGUUUCUCUACUCGAUGACAAAAACAUGACGACCCCUCUUGUGCAGCAGAGCUCCCGGACGGCUUUUCACCAAUGCUUUGAUUUCCAGGCUCCUCAAGUAGAUGGAGAAUCGGUGCAGAAGCUGAAUGUGGAACUUCAAGGAAGGGCCUUCAAACUGACAGAAGAGCGGAAAGUCAUGUUCAGACGUUACCAGCCUUUGACCUUCAUUCAAACAGACAAACCCAUCUACAACCCAGGACAAACUGUGAACUUCAGAAUUGUGACCAUGGACGCUAAGUUUGUGCCACUUGAUCAAAUGUACAGUCUGGUGGUUGUGGAGGACAAUCGUAGCAACAGGAUUGGUCAGUGGACAAAUAUUUCCUCAACGGGGUGGAUAUUGCAGCUUUCUCAUGGCUUAAACCCUGAGGCUCAAGUUGGGAUGUAUACGUUGAGGGCUUUCAUUGGUGACCAAAUGACCUCCCAGGUUUUUGAGGUGAAAAAAUAUGUUUUACCCAAGUUUGAUGUCACUGUAAAUGCACCACAGAUGUACAGUGUUGGAGAUGUGGGGCUAAAAAUUGAAGCUUGUGGCAAAUAUACAUACGGGCAGCCUGUACCUGGUCAAGCAUUGGUGGAAGUGUGUCGUGAGCCAUUUCCGUACAAUGUGGUUUCUGAGGCCACCCGUUUCUGCAUAAAUAAAACUGCUAAGAUGAUUGACACUGGCUGUGCCUCCCUCACCCUCGGUACAUCAGCAUUUUUCAACACCAGAUUUGAAAGCAAUCUGCAAGAUUUGUUUCUUGUUAACAUAAACGUCACUGAGGAGGAAACGGGUGUAGUUAUGUCGAAAUCGACAACAGUUCCCAUUACGUUUGAAGUUGGCAAGGUCACGUUUAUGUACCUUCCACAGUUUUUUGAAUCUGGAUCAAGGAUUAAUGGAAAGAUAUUGGCAUCCUAUUUCAAUGGCACUCCAAUUGCAAGCAAAGCAGUCUAUCUACUGGAUGGUAGCCAAUGGCCCAAUAAAGUACUAUUGAAUCUGACUACAAAUCAAAAUGGACUUGCCACUUUCUCCAUUAACACUACUGAUUUCCCUAAAGCUGGUCUGAAUCUGAUGGCAAGUGCAACUGCAGAGGUUGCUUAUGGUUAUAAAUCACCAUUCUUCAGUUCAGAAACAAAGACUCUGUCUCUCCUCCAAGCUGCUACUCCUGACAACCCCAUGUUUAGUGAACUGUCAAUAGUGAAGCUUGAGCAGCCACUGAAAUGUGGUGCUGAGUAUUCAGUGACCAUCAAGUAUUCGUUUGUUGGAGAGACUGGUGAUUACUCUGCUGACAUCAUUUAUAUGGUUUUGUCCAGAGGACUGAUUGUGCUGCAUGGAUUUGAGAAAGUUGAAGCAUGGGCUUCUAACAAGGUCACAAGUGAUACAGUGUCAUUUCAGCUGUCUGUAAGUGUGGAUCUGGCUCCAGCAGUGAAGAUUUUGGCCUACUGUGUUCUGCCCAGUGAUAAUGUUGUUACUACAAGCGCAUCCUUUGACACUGAAACGUGUUUCCAAAACAAGGUGUCUCUGCAGUUUUCUCCAGCUACAGCUGUUCCUGGUGAAGGAAACACUUUGACUAUCUCUGCUCAAGCAGGAUCUCUGUGUGGCCUCAGUGCUGUUGAUCAGAGCAUCCUGAUCAUGGAGCCAGGAAGACACCUGAGUGCUCAAGCGGUGUUUGGCUUGCUUCCAGUGCAGUCAUUAUCAGAUUAUCCACCUGGUGUUGAGGAUGAACAGGAAUGCCUGAAUGUUCGACCUCGCCGCGCUGUUCCUGAAGACCAAGCUUAUGAAGCUUUCAAGAGAAUGGGGAUGAAGGCAGCAACAAAUCUACCAAUCAGAGAACCUCAGUGCCUGAUGUACAGAGGCUUGAAUUACUAUCGCAACUUUCAUGAUGUGAAAUAUUUCCGUAGUCCUGUUGCACUGGCUGAAAUGGUUCCUGCUGCAGUAGAAAAGAGUGCUGGAGAAGAGAGUAGAUCUUCUUUUGAUGUUACCAUCAGGACUUACUUUCCAGAAACAUGGAUCUGGCAACUUGCUCAAGUGGGAGACUCUGGAUCCACACAAGUUCCCCUCACAGUUCCUGACACAAUCACCACAUGGGAAACUGAGGCAUUCUGUCUGUCCUCCAGAGGUUUUGGUUUGGCUCCUCCUGUUAAUCUGAAAGCCUUCCAGCCCUUCUUCCUGGAGCUCUUGCUGCCUUACUCCAUCAUCCGUGGGGAGACUUUUGAGCUGAAGGCCACAGUCUUCAACUAUCUGUCCAAGUGCAUCAUGGUUAAGGUUCGAGCGAAUCCAUCUCAGCCCAUGGUCUUUACUCUUAGACCAAUUAAUGAGGCAUAUUCGUCUUGUCUCUGUGCCAAGGGGAGAAAGACCUUCAAAUGGGUUUUCACCGCUUUUGUUCUUGGAACUGUAAAUGUGACUGUCAAUGCUCAAGCUGUACAAUCCCAGACUCCAUGUGGUAAUGAGAUUGUUAGUGUGCCAGAAAGAGGACGCACCGACGUGGUCACACGAAGUCUACUUGUCCUGGCUGAAGGAGUUGAAAGGAUAAAGACCCAGAGUUUGUUACUGUGUCCAAAGGGAAGUGUGGUUUCCGAAGAUGUGACACUGACGUUUCCUACAGAUCUUAUCCAGGGAUCAGCUAGAUGCUCAAUUUCAGUUCUUGGGGAUAUAAUGGGUCGUGCACUAAAGAAUCUUGAUAACUUAUUACACAUGCCAUCUGGCUGUGGAGAACAAAAUAUGAUUGUUCUGGCUCCCAAUAUUUACAUCCUCCAGUACUUGCAAGUCACGGGCCAACUCACUGCAGCCAUCCGACAGACCGCCACCCGUUACCUUCAAAGAGGAUACCAGGGACAAUUGAACUACAGGCACAAUGAUGGUUCCUACAGCACCUUUGGUUAUGAUGAAUCCAAUACAUGGUUGACAGCCUUCGUCAUGAGGUCUUUUGGCUUAGCAAGGAACUUCAUCUUCAUUGAUCCAAAUAUCUUUCAGAGUGUGAAGGACUGGCUGAUCAGCAAGCAGGGUUCAGAUGGUUGUUUUAUGCAGCAGGGGACUCUGUACCACAGUGACAUGAAGGGUGGAGUUAGUGACAAUGUGACCAUGACAGCCUACAUCGCUACAUCACUGCUUGAACUAAAUGUCCCUGCUACGGAUCCAGUCAUUACCAGAGCUCUGUCAUGCUUGAGGCCUGUCGUUGGGAACCUGGGAAACUCCUAUAUCAUGGCUCUGCUUGCCUACACCUUCAGUCUGGCUGGAGAGACUAGUACACGAUGGCAGCUUUUAACUGCUUUGGACAACCGUGCUACUACUGAAGGCACUAAGCUCCAUUGGUCUCAGACUACAUCUGGUGAUACUCUGGCGGUGGAGAUCAGCUCUUAUGUGCUGCUGGCAGUUCUCUCCGUAAAGCCUCUCAGAACAGCUAAUCUGACCUAUGCUAACCGCAUUGUCAACUGGCUUGUAGCCCAGCAGAAUCCUUAUGGGGGCUUUUCCUCUACCCAGGACACAGUGGUGGCUCUUCAUGCUCUGUCUCUGUAUGCCACUGAAGUGUUUAGCUCAGAGGGCUCCAGCACUGUUACUGUACAGUCAGUUGUGGCAGGGGAAGACACUUAUAGUUUCUCUGUGAAUCGGGAAAACCGGCUGCUGUAUCAGGAUGCGCUGCUGAAGACUGUCCCAGGCAAAUACAGUGUUAAAGUCAAGGGCUCCACCUGUGUGUCUGUGCAGACUGCAUGUUUCUACAACAUCCCAACACCUACAAAAGUAACAAAAACACUGAGUGUUGAAGCAAAGGUGACUGGAGACUGCCAACCACUUGGAGCCAAUCUCAUGUUGAACUUCACAGUGAAAUAUAAUGGAACAAAAGCAAGUACUAACAUGGCUCUGGUGGACAUUAAACUCCUGUCAGGCUUCACAGCAGACACAUCACUGCUUGGAUCUUCACCCACUUCAUUUGCCCCGUCAGUGGAGCGGGUUGAUGCUGGAGAGGAUCACGUCCUAGUGUAUCUAAAAGAAGUUCCCAAAAGAGUUCCCCUGACCUACAAACUGCAACUGAAAUCUGGGCUUGUGGUAAAAAAUCCAAAGCCAGCGGUCAUCACAGUCUACGACUACUAUAAGCCAAGUGAUGCAUUUGAGACCACCUAUGUGUCCCCCUGUCAAUGAGCGUACUUCAUUACAAUCUAGUGGACACAUGACUCUAAUAAACCUGCUUUUACUCAA